GGAAAAAUCACUGAGAAUUGGAACUUCUGAAGCAUACAAAAGACAGUGAGAUGAGAUAAAGAAUCUACUUGACAAAAACCUAACAAACUCUUAUUCACAGAAAAGGGAGACUUCUCUUCUUCCUUUUCUAUGAUUCAUGGAAAACACUUCACCCAUCUCUUUGUUCUUUUCAUUCUCUCGCUUUCUUCUUUCCAUUAUCGAUCAAAACUAAGAACCCUUUACCGCAAUUUUUUGCUUCACAACAAGAAUGGCUCUCGAUUAUAUACAACUUUCCCAGAAACUCCCUUAUUUUCUCCCCAAGCUUUGAACAUUUACCUUGAAAAACCCGUCCACUUCUCACCUAUAUAACCCUCUCACUGCCCAUUUCUCUGUUCCAAACCUUGCACAUAAAAAGCAGCAAAAGACAUAAAAAUAAAUAAAUAAAUGGCUGCUUCUUCUGGUAUAGUUUCUUAUCAUGUUAACUUUUCUUUUUCUUCUGCAAAUAGUAACAACAGCCAUGAACCUCACAAGCAGAAGCUGAGCAAUGUGAGAUUUGGGGAAAUUUCUCGAAGUAAAGUGAAGUUGUUGAGGCAAAAGGCUUCUUUGGCUGCUGUUGUUGCUGAAGAAGCUUACAUGACAAAAGUUCAUGUUCGCCAGAAUAUUCCUACAACGAAGCAGUUUGUUGAUCCUCAUCGUCAGGGACUCAUUACUGAAGGAGGAGUUGUUUUCAGACAGACUGUUGUCAUUCGGUCUUAUGAAGUUGGCCCUGAUAAAACUGCAACUAUUGAGAGCCUCCUGAAUCUUUUCCAGGAAACAGCACUGAAUCAUGUAUGGAUGUCAGGACUUCUAGGCAAUGGAUUUGGAGCAACACAUGGAAUGAUGAGGAACAAUCUCAUAUGGGUUGUCUCAAGAAUGCAAGUUCAAGUUGAUCAUUAUCCACUUUGGGGAGAGGUGGUAGAAAUUGACACAUGGGUUGGAGCAUCGGGAAAGAAUGGAAUGCGUCGAGACUGGUUGAUCCGAAGUCAAGCUACCGGUCACAUUUUCACUCGAGCUACAAGCACUUGGGUGAUGAUGAAUGAGGAAACAAGGCGCCUCUCAAAAAUGCCAGAAGAAGUUAGAGCUGAGAUCUCACCUUGGUUUAUAGAUAAACAAGCAAUCAAAGAAGAUGUUCCAGAGAAAAUCCUCAAGUUGGAUAAUACAGCAAAAUAUGUAAACUCUGACUUGAAGCCUAGGAGAAGUGAUUUGGAUAUGAACCAGCAUGUCAACAAUGUCAAGUAUGUAAGAUGGAUGCUCGAGACUAUUCCUGAUCUGUUCCUGGAGACUCAUCAGCUAUCUGGUAUUAUACUAGAAUACAGAAGGGAAUGUGGAGGUUCAGAUAAAGUUCAAGCCCUUUGCCAUCCUGAUGAAGGUGGGAUCCUGAUAGACGUGGUGAAACAAGACAGCGGUAUCACUCUUCUCAAUGGAUUUUCUCUGGCAUCUGAAAUUGUUGAUGGCUCUGGACUCAUCGGGUCCUUUGAAAAGGGGCCAUUGAGAUAUACACAUCUUCUCCAGACUGAAAAUGAAGAGAUUGUUAGAGGAAGGACAUCCUGGAAAAAGAAGCUGUAACCCAUGCCAUUUUCAGAUUCACAAAUUAAUAAAAAAAUUUACAAGGGACUUAGCAAUGGAGUCCACUAUAAUGUGCCCUGAAAUAGUUGUAUCUUUAAGGGCAUUAGUGGAUUUGCCAUCUGUCCUCAGAAUUUAUUUCAAGGUUGAUAGAAAUAAAGGUUCUAGAACACAAGAAGAAGAGUCAUGGGUUUGUGGACAAAAUAAUUGGCUCAAAUGCGUGGCUGGUGGUCAUUGUGAGAAAUGAAUCUAUAUGAGAAGUUCUAGCGAUUACCUUUGGUUCAGUGUCUGUAAAUUUGGAUCAUAGAAAUCAUUUGUUGUAAUAAGUUGAGUCUAGUGACCAAUGUUUUCAUAUCUGAACUGGACAGCAACCCAGUGAAAUGGGCAGUCCGGAUCAACUGACAGUCAGACCGGUAAACUGUUUAGGGGUGAUAUUGUAUCUUUUGCUUUGUUUAGAGAUAAGUGAAAAUUUCCCCUAUUGUCAA